AUGGCCCCGAAGACGGCGACUGGAUCAUUCGAGAAAAGCGGCGCUCUCUUCUUUUCUCUCAUUUAUUUCUUUCUCAACGCCCUCGCUGAAACUUCCGCUACUGUCAACUCCCGUGCUGUUCUUCUAAAGCAAAUGAGAUACGGAUUCUUACAUCCAGUCUCCUAUGUCAUUGCCCAGACCAUUGCGGAUAUCCCUGUCGCUGCAUGCCAAACGAUUGUUUUCUCCUGUCUCUAUUAUUUUAUGCUGGGUCUAGCAAAGACUGCCUCGGAUUUCUGGACAUUCUUUGCAUUUGUCUUUGUCCAUUACGGCGCUGUGCAAGCGAUGUUUCGAAUGAUAGGAGCUUGGUCCCCAAACCUCAGUGUGGCCUUGUUGAUGGCUGGUAGUGGAAUGCCGGUCGCACUGUUAUACUCCGGCUACGCUCCUACCAUUCCUACCAUGCACCGCUGGGGAUCCUGGGUCCGAAGAAUCAGUCCUUCUCCAUGGGCUCUCGAGGCACUCAUGGCUAAUGAGUUCAUGGAUAUAAACCUCCAUUGUAUGGACACACAAAUGGUGCCGUCAGGACCUGACUACCAAGACAUCCGAUACCAGGGCUGUACGAUUUCCGGUAGUACUGAGGGCUCUGAUGUCGUUUCCGGAACUACAUACCUGAUUGAUGUCUACCAAUUCUUUCCUUCGCAUAUUUGGCGGAACUUUGUAAUUCUCAUCGCGUUCUGGGUUCUUUACACUGUUAUUGCUGCGGUUGGACUUGCUAUGAUGACCCGGGAAAGCAGCGACUCUUACGGUCGCAUGUUCAAAAAGGGUUCAUACUCAGACUCUGCUUCUAGCAUCUCUACCAUAAGUGAGAAGAAUAAGGAAGAGCCUCAGAUGUCCUUCACUUUCAAUAAGCUGAGCUACCAUGUUAAAUCCGGAUCUUCCGAAAAGCAGCUGCUCACUGAAGUCAGCGGCUAUGUCCGUUCCGGGCAGCUAACAGCUCUGAUGGGUGCUUCCGGUGCAGGAAAGACGACACUUCUUGAUACCAUCUCUCAAAGGAAAUCUGAGGGUCGUGUGGAAGGGGAGCUGCUGUUGAAUGGAAAGCCUUUGGAUCGCACCUUUGCUCGUUCUUGUGGAAUUGUCUUGCAGCAAGACGUGCACGAACCCACCGCAACAGUACAAGAAGCUUUGCAAUUCUCAGCCCGCCUCAGACAGCCUGCAGAUGUCCCAGAGUCCGAGAAAAUGGCCUAUGUUGAACAUGUGAUCAGAUUGCUUGAUCUUGAAUCCCUCGCGGAUGCUCUUGUUGGGGCUGUUGGUGAUGGCCAGCUUAGCGUGGAAGAACGGAAACGAGUGACCAUCGGUGUGGAGCUAGCUGCUCGCCCUUCUGCCCUUCUCUUCCUCGACGAACCAACAUCUGGUCUCGACAGUCAAGCUGCUUACUCGUUAGUGUCUUUCUUGAAAAGGAUUGCAUCGGAAGGCCUCCCUAUUGUUUGCACCAUUCAUCAGCCGUCUGGAGUCUUGUUCGAUAUGUUUGAUCACGUUCUGCUUCUUGCACCAGGUGGAAAGACUGUUUUCUUUGGAGAGACAGGCAAACGGUCUUCGAAUGUUGCAGAAUACUUUGCUCGAUAUGGUGCUAUCAUUGGCGAAAAUGAUAAUCCUGCAGAGUUCAUCCUGGAUACUGUUACCGAACAGGGAAGCACAAGAGACUGGCCGGCAACCUGGAAUGAAUCCCCCCGAGCGAAACAAUUUGGAAAACAAGAUUAUCAACUUGAACGAAAAGGCAGCGACGUCUUCAAAUCAGGAUGA